ACGUCAAACGCUAAAUGAACUCAGACAGUCAGUGGCAAGUGGGAGCAGUGACAGUCAAGAAGCUCGACCUUUGGCUAGCUUCAGAUACUUUUUUUUAGGCGCCGUCUGUCUGGCUAGCGACCGACAGAGUUACCAAGUUACUUUAGCAUAAUGUCGUUCAUUAUGAUGAAGAAAAAGAAAUUCAAAUUUAAGGUAGAUUUCGAGUUGGACGAACUAUCUUCUGUUCCAUUUGUUAACGGGGUCUUGUUCUGCAAAGUACGACUGCUAGACCGUGGCUUUACAGAAGAGUCCUCUCGGGAGCAGGUCCAGGCUAACUGUGUGCGCUGGAGGAAGAGGUUCUCCUUCCUGUGUAAGAUGAGUGCCAACGCCGGGACAGGAGUACUGGACCCCUGUGUGUGCCGGGUGUCUGUGCGCAAGGAAAUGAAGGGUGGAAAGACCUUUGCCAAGCUGGGUUUUGCUGACCUGAACCUGUCAGAGUUUGCUGGCUCUGGCAGAACAACGCGCCGAUGCUUACUAGAGGGUUACGACACCAAGAACUCCAGACAGGACAACUCUAUACUCAAGGUUGUCAUUAGUACACAGCUCAUGUCUGGGGACCCCUGCUUUAAAACGCCACCGUCCACGGCCAUGAAACUGGGCCUUCAGCAGGCUGAGGCAGAGUGUCUCCACGAAGACAGGAAGGGAGGACACACACACACACCAACACCCUGCCUCCCCGUCUCAGAGCCCCCAGGGAAGUGUGCAUCUGUUCCUGAUGAACUGGGAGCAUGUGGCCAUUCUAGAACAUCCAGCUACGCCAGCCAACAGUCCAAAGUCUCAGGCUACAGCACAGGUCACUCGCGCUCUUCCAGCCUAUCAGAGCUCACGCACAAGAGGAACCCCUCAGCAGGCUCCGCCUCGACGGGCAUUGCAAGCAUUCCUGAACCCAGCGAGGACCGGGGGACUGAGAAGGGGGAGAAGGAGGCCCGCUCUACACCCCCGGUCUCUGUCACCUGUGCCUACUCCCCCAUGCGUGAACAUCCCCCCACCCCCGCAAAGAGCUCUGCCUCAGAGAGACUGAGCAGGCAUCUGAUGAAGCAGAACUCAGUGGAGUCUCAGCUGAAGAGAGUGGAUGCUACCCGGGUGGAUGCGGACGACAUCGUGGAUAAGAUCCUCCAGAGCCAGGACUUCAGCCACGGCCUACUGGACUCCAGCACUGAGGAGGAGGGGCUCAAGCUGUUUGUUGGUCCUGGUGGAAGCACGGCGCUGGGCAGCCAGCACACCAGGGUUGGGGCUGGGCCCUACGAGCAGGUGGUGAUCAAACGCUAGCCUCCAGGGGGAGCGGACAUGUGAGACUGCUCCCCCUAGUGUUAAAGGAAGGAGGUGACCUGAGGCUCAUGUCAACAUGUUUUUGAGAAGAGGAGGAUAUACAGUGCAUUUGGAAAGUGUUCAGACCCCUUCCUUUUCCCACAUGUUACAGCCUUAUUAUAACAUGUAUUCAAUUACAGUUUUUCCUCAU